AUGGUCCAACAAUCUCAAGUAUCGAAUAUGCAACUUCUCCGUGCCACUCCUCCUCGACUGAAGCUGGAUUUUGUCAUCGCCAUGGUGUGCCUUUUUGGUGAUUUCCUCGGGGACAAUCUGUUGGCCCCAGGUUAUGAACUCUUCAUCAGAGAGAAUGGUGUACCAGGUAUGGGCUUUGGCCUCGCCGUCUCGAUCUUGAGCGUAUCGUUCAUAGUGGGAAGAUGCUUCGCCUCAGUCAUCAUGGGGCCUAUAUCUGAUCACACUGGUCGUUGGAAUGCACUCCUUUUUUGCCAGCUGCUCACAGCUGUUGGCUUCCUCAUGCAGGCACUGUCUUGGAGUUUCUGGUCUCUCGUUGGCUUCCGCUUCUUCACCGGCUUCGUCGGCGGGACCAGAGCCGUUAUAGUUUUGUAA